UUAACUUUAAGGAUUGAGGAGUGUCAGUUGCUUUAACUGGCAAAUCUAAGACGGAAGUUUAAAAAUUUUUUUGGUACAAGUUUAUGUUUAUGUAUGUUUGAAUUUACAUUAGUAAAAUAUGGGUAUGCCUAAUAGCGGUGUCGAUAUGUCGGCGAUAAUGUCGCAACAUCCAGUUUUGGGCGCUAUCCCGCCAGGGUUGUUUUUUCGUACGUCGGAAAGGUAUCAGAGGACUCCAAAGUGUGCUCGGUGUAGAAACCAUGGUGUUGUGUCGGCUUUGAAAGGACAUAAAAGGUACUGUCGAUGGAGAGACUGCAACUGCGCCAAAUGCACCCUGAUCGCCGAAAGGCAAAGAGUUAUGGCAGCCCAAGUCGCCCUCCGAAGACAACAAGCCCAAGAAGAGAACGAGGCUCGCGAAUUGGGCAUCAUAUUUCCGACCCCGUCAGUUUUGGGCGAGUCCGCCUUACCGCCGUUAACACCGCCCGAAUCUGCAGCACCUUUAGAAAUGGGCGCUGCGCCGACAACGUUUGUUCAUCAUCAGAAGUCGUCGUUUGUCGCUUCAGAUUCCUCGAAUCCUUCUAGUCCAACUUCUAAACGAGCAAAAAUCAAUAUAGACGAAUCAGAUUCCGACCAAGAAGACACCAAGUGCAACCGACCAUCAGCUCUAUCUGUGGCGCCUGGUGAUCAACCACCCUCUAUCCCUCAAACUUUAGUGUCGUGCUCAUCACCUGAUCCAGUAACCAGUCCCGAAACUGACCUGAACGUUGAGGAAAACGACACAAAUACUCCUGAAAAUUUAUCUUUGAAACGCGACAACAAUGCCAGUCCAGAACCAGUUGCUCCGCAAACCGAUGCGUACAUUUCUCAUCAUCAUUCGAGAUUUAUGCAAAUGCCUCAAAUGCAACCGUCGCCUCAAAGAUCGCCGGUGAAUAUUUUGAUGAGAGUUUUCCCUGGGAAAAGACGAUCGGAUGUUGAAGCCAUUUUACAAAGAUGUAAAGGCGAUAUUCUUCAAGCUAUGGAACUCAUGGUGGGUGACGAAGAAGUCUCAUCUCCGUCAGCCUUUUCUCCACUAGGCCCACCCCAUCAUUUCCAUCGCUACAGCCCUUCUAGAAGAUUUUUGUCAGCCCCUUAUGCCGGCACGGGUUAUCUUUCAUCUAUAAUUCGACCACCACCAGAUUAUCUAGCGAUGAUGGGACCUUUGCACGAUGUCUACAAUGAAAAGGCGACGGCGUCAUCUCCUGGUUCCAACACCAGUUCGGAUAAAACUUCAUAUUCCGAAUAGCUGGAAUUUGUAUAUAAGUAAGUUUUUUUUGUUGUUAUAUAAGUGAUAUUUUAGAUUAUAUUAAUUUAUGUAAUAGCGUUAAAC